AUGUAUAUCAAUUUAAAUAUAAAACAUUCAAGCUAUAAAUAUGAUAAGUGUUUAAUAUACAAAGCAUUAAAUGUAGGAUAUAAUAUUGUUGCUUUAAGUGUAAAUUAUAAUCAAUUCGAAAAUGGUAACGAUAAUAAUAUAUGUGAUAUAACAUGGAAAGUUAUGAAUUGUAUAGCAUAUAAUAAUAAUAAUGAUGAUGAUGAUAAGAAUAAUAAUUCAUAUAAAAAUUAUGGAGUGAGAAAUUAUUUUAUUGAUGAGCUAGAUAAUAUUAAUAAAAUGAAUGAUAAUAUGUUAAAUAUAAAUAAUAUGAUAAGCGAAAAUUAUAUUUUAAUAAAUAGAUCAAAUAAUUUUUGUAUAAAAAAUAUAUGUGAUGAUUUUAUAUUAUAUGAAAAAGAAAUGGAUAUUUCAAAAAAUGAUAUAAAUGAGUUAUUAUAUAAAUAUAUUCCAAAAGAAAAAUAUUAUUUGUCUAAUAAUAUAAAUAGUUUUAUAUUAAAAAGAUUAAAUGUAAAAUAUCAAGAUGUUUAUAAAAUUGAAAAAGAAUUUAAUAAAAUAAUUAAAGAAAAUAAAUUCGAUAUAAUAGCUUUUGAAAUCGAUAAUGCAGAAGAAAUAAAUAUGAUUAUUAGUAAAUUCGAUUGUGAUAUUAUAUUUUUUAAUAUGACUAAAUCAUUUAUAUCUCUUCGUAAAUCUGAUAUUCAAGGUGCUAUAGAUAAAGGAAUAUUUUUUGAAAUAUCAUCAUUUAUUAAAGGAAAUGACGAUCUUCAAUAUGUUAUUUAUUCUUUAAAUCUAAAUAAUCUAUUUUUAAAUAUACCAUUAAAUAAACUUAUUAUAAGUACUGGUAGUAUUCAUAUCAAUCAAAUUAUAGACCCUUUAAAUUUUUUAAGAUCAUUCUUUAAUUUUAAUAAAUUAUCAUAUAAAAAACUAAUUCCUUGUAUAACAACAGUACCUUUAGCUUGUAUACAACGAGCAUCAGUGCGUAAAUCUUUAAACACUGCAGUUUUUUAUAAAAAGGAUUAA